ACGAUCUUUAUACAGUACUGUGCUUUUUAUUUUACUGAACAAGCUCUUUCAUGUUUAGUACAUUUAUGUGCAUAUACUUCUAAUAUUUGUCUAGUUCUUUGUAGGACUCCUGCACAUUCCAUUUGUAUAGUAUGAAUUGUUGAUCAAAUUCAUCAUUGGCCUCUCUAAGUGGCUCCUUGUGGAGCUACAGGUUAUCCAGAUAUGAGGAAAGAUUAGAUAUACUGGAAAUGUCCCUUUCAAAAGGGGUCAGGGGUCCCUGGGCCUGGGUCCUGAUUGCCUACUGUCUCAUGCAAGGUAUUAGUUAAUGGGAUGGGGCUUCAAUCUGCAAUACCUGGCUUGUAACUAUUUCAAAUGACCACUAGUCCUACAUCUACACAGCCAUAAGAUAGUUGAACUCAAUUCACUAGAGACAAUGUUGCCCUAUAUACAAAGAUAACAGAAUUUUGUUGACUGGAGACUUGUAGAGCUAAAUGUUCACUGGGAAUAUUGAGAUGGCCAACAUAUCUGAAGUAUGGAACAGUUAAGAAUGCAGCAUGCUGAAAUCAUCAAGUCGGGUAUGGCAAGCCUGUUGAGGGACACGGACCUGGCUGAUGUGAACCUGACAGUCAAUGGGCGUGUGUUCCAGUGUCACAGGGCGGUGCUGGCGGCCGUGUCCCCGUACUUCCGCACCAUGUUCACUGGGAGCCUGCUUGAGGCCACCACACAUCAGACUGACAUCACUCUGCAGGAUCUUGAUGACAGCACAUUCAGUCAGUUCCGUCAGUUUGCCUAUACAGGCCGACUGGAGAUGGAGAAGGUAGAGCCGGUGGACAUGUUGGAAAUGGCAGCUCUCUUCCAGGUUGACUGUUUGCAAUCAGCAUGCGAGGGUCUGCUACUGAAGCAGCUGAAGGCACCAAAUUGCAUACAAAUGUUUCGACUGGCAUGCAUGUAUAACUGCCAAGAUCUCAAGUCUAAAUCCUGGCAGGUGAUGUUGGACCACUUUUGCAAUAUUUGGCAGAGCGAUGAUUUUGUCAAACUCUCUCUUGAGGAAAUUAUCGAAAUCGUGAAAGAGGACCGGCUAGUUACCCUGGAUGAGGAGCAUGUGUGUGAAGCAGUUCUCCGAUGGAUUGACCAUGAUUCCGAUUCCAGGCAGAAAUACGCCCUGAAGCUGUUCAGUCACGUGAGGUUGCCUCAUGUGAGGUCAGAGUUCAUCGUGCACAAGUUAUGUCAGGUGACUUACCUCGUGGAGAACGUGAAUUGUCGUCGACUUCUAGACGAGGCACAGCACUUUCACAUGAUGCCUGCCCGACAGAUGGAUUACAGCGGGCCGAGAAUGAAAUACAGGGUGGAUGAUGAUCAAGAUGAAGUUUUAUUGGUAUUAACAGAGAACAAGAGUGACAAGGGCUCAUUCUACGAAGGUGGAUACUGCCUCUGGGCCUUGAACUACCAGCAGUGCAGAUGGUUUACCCUGGCCCCAAUACCCAUGAAUGAGUCCCCAGGGACUCAUUUCGCCAUUUGCUCCUAUGGUUACGAUCUUUUCUUAUCUGGAGGAACUAACAACCCAAAGUCUCUGUUGCGAUACGAAAGUGAGAGAAACGAAUGGACAACAAGCACAGGUCAGCUGAGGAAGAUGAGAACACACCACACUAUGGUUGCGCUUGGCAACGCCCUGUAUUGCAUCGGCGGUCUGAGACAAGACGGUCCAAUCGGUUCGAUUGAGGAAUACAGUAUACCGGGUCACCGUUGGUUACCGGUGGGAGAACUAGUCCACCCGGUUCAUUCGGCGACCUCGGCUGUAUCCGGUGAACAGGUGCUUGUUUUCGGCGGUAUAGGUAAACACGGACAUGAAAUUAGCCAUGUUCAGGCUUAUCACGUGCGGCAUAAAGAACCGACGGUGAUUUCUCAGCUACCGUUCAUUUCUAAACAGUUUCACGCUUUGACUAUUGGGAAAGAUAUAUUUGUGCUUUCAUUGGAGCGGGAAAAGGAGCAUGUGCUGAAAUUGACGUCGGAUUUCGGCUUUGUUGACGCGGGCUUUGAUAUUUCACUUGACAAGAAAGUCUUGGGUGUCACGCACCAUGAUAAUUAUUUGAUGAUUUUGACUGAGGAUGAAUUGACAGAAGGUUACCUCGGUGAUGUGAUUAAGGUGAAUACAAAGACAUCUCAGGUCGAAGCAUUGGUAAUGGAAGGCAAACCCACUCCUAAACCAUUCCACGCCUGUCACAGACUGUAUGUUGACAAGAAGUUCCUAUAUCAUACCUACUUUCAAUAAUUACAAACUGUAUCAAAAUGAUUUCGUUACAACAGUUUAACAGUUUGAAUGCGAUUUAAUAUGUUGUAUUAAACGUUAUCUGUCUGGAAUAUUCAAACAUUUGAGGAUCAUGAUUACAGGUUCUUUAUAUUUUAUCUAGUAUGUAUUCAGAGGGGUUAUCACGUGAUAGUCAAGAUGGCGAAGUCCAUGCAGAGACAGUUACGUUUUAUAACCUUCAUUACUUUUGUUUAAUUUUUAAAUCGACGCUCACUUUCCAGCCAUAUCAUUAAACAUGUGAUUGGCGUUAAUUUCGCAUUAAAAUUGGCUUUAUAUCUCGACUUAACUCCUUGCAAAUAUUCUUAGUGCAUGGAGCUUUAAUUAGGUCAUCCCGCUAAGAAAAUAAGCAGCGAGUAAUUGAGAAAAACAGCGAGUAUCAACACGAAAUGAACGCAAGUAACUUUCUUGCUGAUAUGGCUGGAAAGUGAGCGGUAUUUAAACAAUAAAUACAAGUAAUAAAGGGUAUGAAACGGCGAAAAAUACUUGCCUCGGCAUGAACGUCGCCAUCUUGACUAUCACGUGAUUACCCCCCUCUGUUAUUGGAAACUAUUAUGUUGAUAUAUUCAUUAUAUCAAUCGCCGUGGCACAGUGGAGAAGGCGUCCGCCUCGAGAUCGGGAGGUCGAAGGUUCGAGCCCCAUGGGGAGCGUUUGUUUAAGAAUGGAUGUUUGAGCGUUAAAAAUGAAUGGUUACCGACUUCUAUCCGCCUGGCGCCUGGCAUAGUGAUAGGAGUUGGGAGGUACAUGGUAUACACGCUAAAAAGUGUCUCAUAUGCCAAAUUGGCUGGCCCUUUCAAUAGGGGUGACACUAUAAUAAAAAAUACCUUUACCUUUUCAUUAAGGGAGUCUUGUUAGUCUACAUAUUACAGUAUUGUAACAUUGUCGUUCUUUUACUUUUAUGUCAGAGUAUGUAUAAUUGUUGUACAUGUACUAAAUAAACUGAUUUGUUUCAAAGCGUUUGAUAUUUCGUCACAUGAGUACUGUAGAAUUGUUAUAAAGAUUAUUGUGGAAUUUUUGUGUGUUGUAACCUAUAUAGUUACAAAAAGUGUUUGUUGUCAUACGGUUUUAAUUUACUUUCACGGACGACCUUUUUUGUUACAUAUGAUAAUGAUCCUUUGUAUUAUAUAAAAAGUUAUAUAAGCUAUGAAAAUUGUGUGCAUGUUAUGGUAAGUGUGUCAAAGGUUUCAAUGAAACUAUGUGAUACAAGUAAACAUGCCAAGAAUAUAUAUUACAUGUAUCGUAAAAUGGUGGAAAACUCAUUUACAUCUAUUUAACCUCAAAGUGUGCAAUGAAAUAAACGAACUAUGCUUUUGGAAAACUAAAAUGUGUUCAUCAGACACAAAUAAAAUCGAAAUGAAUUUCAA